CCCGGUUUCGGGGGUCCCGCACCCCGCAAAAAGCGACGCGUCGCAUUGUCUCGGCCGAAAAACCACCUUGUGGAGAGGAAAGCCAGACAGAGCUCCGAAAGUUCGUCCGAGGCAGGAGUUUGCUGAACAAUUUUUUAAUUUUGCAUUUGUGGGUGUUUUGUGUGGUUCGGAAUUUUUAUUUUAUCUUUGGCGGCGCAUAUAUUCCGCAACAGGAUUUAAUUUUUGGGGUGUGCGUCGCGAGGAAUCUAGAGGCGCCUCAACCAUGUUUGGAAUCACUGUUUCUUGACCCCCCUGAAAACUGGGUUCUGGGAUUUGAUUUCUUCCUCCCCAGGAAUCUUUUCUCGCGGCUGUGGAUCCCGAGAUUCCGUCCUCCUCCUCCUGCUGGGACUCAUUCUGGCGUUCCUGGAGCGAUGGCUGGCUGGCUGCUUUGCUUCUGGAUCCCCUUCGCCCUGGCUGCGGAAGAGAGUCUUAUGAACACCAAGUUGGAGACCGUUGACCUUCGGUGGAUGACGUAUCCUGCGGAUGGGCAGUGGGAGGAGCUGAGCGGCCUGGACGAGGAGCAGAACAGCGUCCGCACCUUCGAGGUGUGCGGCGUCCGCUCUCCCAACCAGAACAACUGGCUGCGCACCACCUUCGUCCCUCGCUCGGGGGCCACGCACGUCUACGCCGAGCUGCGCUUCACGGUUGUGGAGUGCUUCUCCAUCCCGCAGGUCACGCGCUCCUGCAAGGAGACCUUCAACGUCUUCUUCUACGAGGCCGACCGCGACCUGGCCACCGAGUCCUUCCCGCCCUGGAUGGAGAACCCCUACGUCAAGGUGGACACGGUGGCGGCCGAGCACCUGACGCGCAAGCGAGCGGGCAUGGAGGCCUCCGGGAAGGUCAACGUCAAGACCCUCAAGAUCGGACCGCUCUCCAAGGCCGGCUUCUACCUGGCCUUCCAGGACCAGGGCGCUUGCAUGGCCCUGCUCUCCGUCCGACUCUUCUACAAGAAGUGCCCCGCCGUCACCGUCAACUUCACCCUCUUCCAGGAGACGGUGCCGCGCGAGCUGGUCAUGCCCGUGGCCGGCCGGUGUGUGCCCAACGCCGUCAAGGUCAGCGCCCGGCCGCUCAGCAUGUACUGCCGCGAGGACGGAGAGUGGGCCGAACAGACCGUCACCGACUGCACCUGCGCGGCCGGACACGAGCCGUCCGAGGAGAACACCAAGUGCCGAGCCUGCCCGGCGGGGAUGUUCAAGCCCUCUCAGGGCGAGGGCUUUUGCCAGAGCUGCCCGGCCUUCAGCCAAUCGAACGCCCCGGGAUCCAGCGGAUGCCCCUGCCGCAACGGAUUCUACCGGACGGAGAAGGACCCUGUGACGAAGCCGUGUGCUAAAGGCCCGUCCAAGCCCCGCAGCCCCGAGGCCAAGAUCAACGGCUCGGUGGCCGUCCUGAAGUGGAGCGAGCCCCUUGAGAACGGCGGCCGCGACGACGUGGCCUACCACGUCACCUGCUCCGAGUGCCCCGAGAAGCAGCCGUGCCGGCCCUGCUCCCGCCUGGCUUACGCCCCCCGGUCUAGGGGCCUGUGGGAGCGCUCGGUCACCGUGGAGGGACUACAGCCCUACAUCAACUACCUCUUCCGGAUCCAAGCCGUCAACGGCGUCUCCGAGAUGAGCCACAACCCACCGGCCUCGGAGUCCAUCAACGUGACCACCAACAAGGACGUCCCCCAGCCCGUCUCCGAAAUCCAGCAAACGUCCGCCAGCUCCAGCACCGUCACUUUGACCUGGCCUCCCGUCCAGCCUCCCACCGGGAGCAUCCUGGACUACGAAGUCAAGUAUUAUGAGAAGAGCGGCGGAGGCACCAUGUUUGUGAAGACGUCGGAGAACCAGGUGACGCUGAGCGGCUUGCGGCGAGGGGCGAUGUACGGGGUUCAAGUCCGCGCCCGCUCGGAGGCCGGGUACGGGACGUUUGGGCCCGAGAAGGCCUUCCAGACCCAGGGAAUGGAGUCGGGAAGCAGCACAGAGAAGCUGGCCCUGAUUGUGGGAACAGCGGCGUUGGGGGCGCUCCUGGUCCUGGCCGUGAUCAUUGUGGCCAUCGUCUGCUUCCGCCGCCAGGGGUCGUCCAGGUCACGGGAGCAAGAAUACUCCGACAAGCCUGGGCAGUACCUGAUUGGACACGGCACCAAGGUCUACAUCGACCCUUUCACCUAUGAAGACCCAAAUGAGGCUGUGCGCGAGUUUGCCAAAGAGAUCGACGUCUCGUACGUCAAAAUCGAGGAGGUCAUUGGCGCAGGCGAGUUUGGGGAGGUUUGCCGCGGGCUCCUGAAAGUGCCGGGGAAGAAGGAAAUCUACGUGGCCAUCAAGACCCUGAAAGGCGGCUACACCGAGAAGCAGCGGCGGGAGUUCCUCAGCGAGGCCAGCAUCAUGGGGCAGUUUGAGCACCCCAACAUCAUCCGCCUGGACGGGGUCAUCACAAACAGUGUCCCCGUUAUGAUCGUCACCGAGUUCAUGGAGAACGGAGCCCUCGACUCCUUCCUCCGGCUGAACGACGGGCAAUUCACCCCCAUCCAGCUGGUGGGAAUGUUGCGGGGGAUCGCGUCCGGCAUGCGUUACCUCUCUGACAUGAGCUACGUCCACCGGGAUUUAGCCGCCCGCAACAUCCUGGUCAACAGCAACUUGGUCUGCAAAGUCUCUGAUUUCGGCCUCUCUCGCUUUCUCGAGGAGAAUUCGUCCGACCCCACAUACACCAGUUCGCUGGGCGGGAAGAUCCCGAUCCGGUGGACGGCCCCGGAAGCCAUCGCCUUCCGCAAGUUCACCUCCGCCAGCGACGUCUGGAGCUACGGGAUCGUCAUGUGGGAAGUCAUGUCGUUCGGGGAGAGGCCAUAUUGGGACAUGUCAAACCAGGAUGUGAUAAACGCCAUCGAGCAGGACUACCGGCUCCCGCCCCCUACGGACUGCCCCACUUCCCUGCACCAGCUGAUGCUCGACUGCUGGCAGAAGGACCGCAACACCCGGCCUCGAUUCGCCCAGAUCGUCAACUCCUUGGACAAGCUGAUCCGGAACCCGGCCAGCCUCAAGAUCGUCUCGCGGGGGAACGGAGGGCCAUCCCACCCCCUCCUGGACCAGCGCCUGCCCCAUUACUCCUCCUUCGCGUCCAUCGGCGACUGGCUCCGCGCCAUCAAGAUGGGGCGCUACGAAGAGAAUUUCGCCGGCGCCGGGUUCACCUCCUUCGAGCUGGUCAGCCAACUCUCCACCGAAGACCUCCUCCGGAUCGGCGUGACGUUGGCCGGACAUCAGAAGAAAAUCUUGUCCAGCAUUCAGAACAUGCGUGUUCAGAGCAAGUCCGGCUCCUCUUUGGGACCCUACUGACCACAGAGGGAGGAAACGGUCCAAAAUUAUUGCGUUUUGACCGCUCUUCCCCAUCCUCAAUCAGACGGUGACGAUUGUGGCCUCUUGACUUGGGACAUCAGCUGCCUCCUUCCUUCCUGCUCGUCUCUCUUAUUUUUCACUUAUUUUUCAGUUUUGGAACAGCGUAUUCCAUGGGGAAUAAUUCGGCUUUCUCUCUCCCCCGCCCCGUAUCCUCUCAUCCUUUGGCACGGAAAGGGAUGGAAAGAUGAUUUAACUGUUCGAGCGCAAUGAGGAUAGUCCUUUUCUUGCCAGUCGAGUCGCCACGAAUGGCCUCUCCCGGGUCGAGGAGUCGCUUUCGGUACCCGCCGGGGCACUUUUCAAGAUGGCCGAACGCAGCGCCAACAAAGAUGGCCGACAGACCCCCAGCGUCUUCCGUCCCUGCCGUUCCGUGGGCCUCGGCGCCUUCGCGUGACCUUCCGUGGCUCCGAAACUUCUGAAUGUUGGAAAAGCCAAAGAUGGCCUCCUGCCGGCCAAGUUUGCCAGACCGCGGUUCGCGCCGCAAAAUGGCCGCCCUCCCACUCUCUUCCGGAGCGGCUGGCCUGCUUGUUGGAGGUUGCAAGGUGGCCACCUGGUUGGGAGGAACGAGGUGGCCGCUGAGGGAAAUGAAAUUCCUUUGCCACCUGGCCUUCAAGAUGGCCACCCCCUUCUGCUUGGUGGCAACGUUUUCAAAAUGGAGGCUGUUGGAUCCAUUUUGGGGUGUGUUUUAAAAACUUUGGCUCACCAUGGUGCUGUCCUGUAUGGAGGAUUUGUGUGGGAUGAUCACCAGAGGCCUUAUACAAUUUGUCGUCCGUCCUUUUGGGGUGACGGGGAGGGUGGCCGCCCAUUGUCUACCAAUUUCUGGAAAUGGGGAGCCUUACUUGAAUCUGAAUGGACAUAUUCCAUUAUAAUAAAGGGACGGGGGUCAAGGUUUCUGCACACUUUGACGUGCAGCCCCUGACUCUCUACGUCCCGAAUGCCAAAGAGGGACUGUCACUGGCAGCGCCGCAUUCGCCAGAGUGCAACUUGUCGCCACAUUCAAAGCUGGAGGGAAACGGCAGCUGUGUAGUGAUGUCAUCAGGAGCACGAGUGAUGUCACCUCUGCCUGCCGAAUCUAUGAGCUUUCAAGGAUGCGCAUGCCGCAGAGAAGGGUUAAACCGCCGCGUUGAAAUAACCAUAUGACAAUCAGAAGACUCUGCACUUUCUGAUGAUGUCACUGAGAUGAUGUCACAGGAGGGAAAAGCGAAGCUUUUGCUCUGGGAUAUCUGACGCUGCCUUUUUAUGGAUUUUGCCACUCGAGACCAAUAAUACCCUGGAGACGGUCAGGGAUGUCCCGGGCACUGGACUGUGAUGUCAUCGUGGUGCGAGAGCAAGACCGUUCUCUCUGUGACAUCAUCACCGUGUGACUACGGGUGCCGGGAGAACCGGCGGCCGAAGCCGGUGGAAGGAGAUGUUUGGUUUCGCUCUCUUAAUGACAUCGAAACAAAGUGCCUCCAGAUAAAGUGUGGGCGCUGAGAAGUGAUGUCACGGGAACAGGCCUGUGAUGUCGUGACAAAGCGCUUCUCCUUUUGUAUCAUUUUGUUAACCUUCAUAUUGAAGGUGGUGAUUUUCCUUUUUAUUAAAAAAAAAAAGUAUAUGAAACCGAGGGG